AUGUCAGAAGCCGUGGACCUGGAUAACCACGUGAAAAACACCACGCUGGAAGCCCGUGUGGCUGAACUGGAAGCCAAGCUCGAGGCGUUAUCUCGCGCGGCUUCUGCUGGAUCUCAACAGUCGCAACACGAAGUAGAGAUUCUCCCUGCCGUGCCUGGAGAUGGCACAGCCAAGGAUGAGAAGAGUGCUUCGAAGACCUUGUCGACUCAGCGCACGAGUGAGGAUGAUGGUCAUGUGGAAGAUGACUUCCCGCUGAUGAUCAGCAUCUGGGAUGCCACCAUCCUGGUGAGCAUGGGCUCGAGCUCGGCGCCGGGUUGGGAGUUGAAAUUCGCGGACCAGGUCUUGGUCAUCCUCCUCUACAUCCUGAACAUGAUCAUGCAAACAGUUUUCGUGGCUGGGAUCACCACGACGAUGAAUCCGAACCCCUACGUAUUUCCAGCCAUCGACACCAUGCGCUAUCAACGUCUCUUCGAGGGCCACGCAUAUGACAGCAUGGAUCGGAACACCAUGCAGUCUCGCGUCCAGAAGGUUUGCACUGAUACCUGGCACAACCGGCUCUCGUCCACUUCGACGAACACCUUCCAGUACUUGCAGACUGACCUGAACGGCGUGCCGGGGCAUUUCAUCAGCCUGGUUGCCAUGACCAUCUGGGUUCUCACGAUGACCAAGGAGCUCCGCUCAACUUUCGAUCAACUUGCGGCACUAGUUAUGCUGCCGAGGCGUGGCACGAUCCUCUCCCGUGCCGGCGUUACCUUGUCAGACGAGGUCAUUGCUGAUGACCAGGGUUAUAUUAUUCCAGCCAUGAGCAACCGGCACAAGGUUCUACUUGCCAUCACAGUCUACUUCCCACGGUUCCUGGUCGCCGUAUCAGUUAUGCUCGUGGGCACCCUGUUUCUGGCGGACACAGCCGUGGUGGGUGACCUUAUCUUGAACGCGUGCGCGUUGGAAAUUGUGCACAACGUGGAUGAAUUGGUCUUCGAGGCGGUGUGCAGCCGGAAGCUUCAGCAAAUGGUCGAGAAAACUCGCAUCCGAUAUGUCCGCGGGCGGACUUGUAUGUCUGCCUUGUGUGGACCAGAGAAUGCCAGCGAGGAUAAGACCAUGCAGUGCAAAUCGCAGUGUCUGAUGCUCUUUCGCUUGAGCUAUUUGAGCAUCAUUCUCUUUGGGGCAUGGAUGACCACGUUGAAUCCGCUGGUGAGUAUGGCCGAAGAUGCUUAUGCCGCCAUCUGCGGGCAAAACCUGGACUUUGCGUACAUUUCGCAUCCAGCCGCCGGCUUGCCGGUAUUUGCGAACAUCACUUCAGAUGCGACGGCCAUCACCACAAAAUGUUUCUAUGCCUCACAAUACGAGGCGAUUGCAAUGCGAGUUGGCUUCGAACCGCAGCAUUUCCCGCGAAAUGAUACAUUGGCGCAGCUCGUCAAUGGCACCCAUGAGUCGUGCGCUAUGGAAGACAACGAUUGCCCGAGUUUGUCGCUCGCAACUCUCAGCAGGCUCAAGGCUUUGUCGGCAGAAAUCUUUGAUGCAGUGGACCUCUGCCGCGACCAGAAUGUCCUACUGCAAGUGCUGCGAAGCACCUGCCUGAAUGAAACAUACACAAGCGAGAGCGCCGAAGUCUUGGAGUUCAACAACAUCCACUCCUGCGCGGACGUUUCACCUUACUGCCUUUGCAACGGGAGGGCGUGCUCUGAGGGCGACUUCGAGGGAGCGCUUGUAAGACCGCUCUCAUGGUCUUGGGUAGACCUGUUGCAAGGCAUGUGCCCCGGCACUUGUAACAAGUGCCUGCUGCCUGUAAAUGCUUCUGCCGUCAGGUGA